UGAGCCAUCUGAACAGAAGCAGGAACAAGAGCGUGAGACAUGAAGACAUGAAACUAAUCCUUCUUACUAUUUGCAGAAAACAACAAGCCUGCAAUGAAAAGGAAAGGAGAUACACAAUUUGCAAGGAACAUGCCUGAAUUCUGCGGCCAGGGAACGUGGCAUAUUAUUCCGUUCUUCUUUUCUUUCUUGUUAUGGCUCAGAACUGAAACAGGAAUGCCACAUGCUUCAUAUAUCAUAUAAUCAGACACAUGCUGGUGACUUCAUUUCAUUCUAAAGAGGAUUUAGUCAGGGUUUUACGCCCUGUUGACUGAGGUGUUCUAUUCUGGAGGAUUUACCAAAAUAAGCAGUGAUCUGGAUUUAUACAUGCUGACAGUGAUAUUGUCCUGGUGUCUGAGGGCUGCUUCCCAUCACUCGAACAGAGUGCUCAGCGCAGGCUGCUUUUGUUGUGUUACUGACUAACCUGCCCACACUUUUGACUGGGGCUGCUUCAUUUCGUUAUGGUCUUGUCCCAGUGUCUCAUAUACCACACCUUGGGAAGAAACAGCAUGGAAGGUUAGGAGAGCAGCUACAAGCAUGGGAGCCAAACCGAUGAAAUGUCUCAGCUCAUCUAGCCCUACACACACGCCUAAAGAGGAGUACAUUGUUGGCCAGAUUGAAGGACAGGGCGAGAUUGUAGGAAACUACACAGAGCAACCACAAAGCCUGAAUGCAGAUGCAGUAAAGUUGUCAUCCAAUGAGCCAACGCCAGGACCAGAGAACACUGGGACAGGAGAUGGGAGCUCCUGGGAGGAACAGCUUUAUGUCCAACAGGAGCAGCUGGAGAAGGAGAUGCAGGAGACUAGGAAGAUGGUGACAAGGCUUCAAGCUUUGCUACUUCAUGGGUCACUUCCUGAAGAUGAGCAAACAACUUCUCUAUUUGGAGACAGUGCUAUCAAUGCAGAGCAGCAGCUGAUAUUAAUUCGCAGUCGCCUCGAUCAGAGCAUGGAAGAGUCCCUGGAUCUGAAGAGGGAGUUACUGAGGUACAAACAGGAGGCACGAAAUCUUCAGGCAGUUAAGGAUGCCUUGCAGUACCGCAUGUCAAUACAGGAAGACUCAGUACUGCAGCUUAAACAGGAACUACUCCGAUCCAGCAUGGACAAGGAGGACCUAGCAGGGCAGAAUAUGGAACUGCAAAGGAAGCUGAGUGAUAGAGACAGAUUGCUGAGUGAAUACAAAAAAGAACUUGCACAAAAAGACAGACAACUUCAGCAGCAUCAGCCUAAACUGGAAGAGUCAGUGUGCACACUCAAUGAGACUAAUCAUCACAGGAUGUCUAGUUGUGAGAACAAUGGCUACAGCCAUAUGAUGGAAACGUUGUCUUCACCAUUUCCGCAUGGAGUGAGUGAUGAGCUGCAGCUGGUGCGGGAUGCUCUGCGCAGUCUGAGGAACAGUUUCAGUGGUCAUGACCCUCAGCACCACACACUGGACACUCUGGAGCAGGGGGUGUCCAGCCUGAUAGACCAACUCCAUUCCACUGACUCUAAGAGGAGGCAGGACAGAAAGGGCUCAAACAAAUCACCAGGGAGAAGAGCCAACCAUAGUGAUCGAGAGUCAUGGCCACCUAGUUCAAAAAUACCCCCCUCUCACAGUAGUCCUGUGCUCAGUACCUCCACCUCAACCAAAGUACUCUAUUUCACAGAUCGCUCUCUCACACCCUUUCUAGUAAACAUCCCUAAAAGAAUGGGGGAGGUCACACUUCAGGAUUUCAAGGCCGCUGUUGGAAGACACAACAAUUUUAGAUAUCACUUCAAGUCUCUGGACCCUGAGUUUGGAACAGUGAAAGAGGAGGUUUUCCAGGAUGAUGCUAUAAUACCUGGAUGGGAAGGGAAGAUCAUUGCUUGGGUGGAAGAAGACCAUAGUGAAGGCAGGUAACUGAAGACAGAAGAACAGCC